AUGAUGAGUGAAUCCUUAAUUAAAGAGGGUUUAGCCGUAGUAAAUGGCAGAGGCGCCGAUAAUAAGCCUUUAUUUUAUAACCCACCUCAAGUUUUUAACCGUGAUUUAUCCCUCAUAGUCUUAAAAACCUUUAUUCUCCAAGAAAAAGAUAAAAUAAAAAGUGAUCCGAAAUUUGGUACGUUCGUCGGUGUAAAUAUUCUAGAAUCUCUAGCUGCAACUGGUAUUAUCAUUAUCGAAUAUACUAGAAUAAGGGGAAUAAGAUAUUUGAAGGAAUUAGAUGAUUUGGUAGGAAUGGUAACUUUUAAUGAUUUGGACCGUAAAUCAGCAGAAAUGAUACUGAAGAAUUUGGAAUUGAAUGCAAUUCCCAGGAAUAAGUUCAGAGUAACAUGUUGUGACGCUAAUUUUUUAUCUAAUGUUUUGACGCCGGCCCCGGACAUUUCAAAGCACUUUCUCAUGUCAAACAAUAUAUAUAAGAUUCCUGUCGGAUCAUUUAACUCCACGGAUAAUAUUACUAAUAUUCUUAAACACUAUAAUGCCAGUGUGGACAAGUUCAUUGACUUGUUAUCGGUUAAUUCAAAUCCCACUACCACUAACGGUGUUGAUACUAAUACCAACGUAAUGGAUGAGGAUUGUAUUAAUAGGAACAUAGUGGAUAUAAUUGAUUUGGACCCAUACUCUAGUGCUACAUCGUAUAUAGACUCAGCUGUGAAAUGUGUAAGAAGUGGUGGAAUGUUAUUAAUAACAUCAACCGACAUGCCAACACUAUGCGGUAAUAAUCCCCUAGUAUCUUUUUAUAAGUAUGGCGGCUCGAGUUUCAAGUCACCAUUUUGCCAUGAAUUGUCACUGAGAAUUCUGUUAUACUCCAUAAUGUUAACAGCAAGUAAGUAUAAACGUGUAAUUGAGCCUCUGUUGUCCUGUAGCAUUGAUUUCUACGUCAGAGUGUUUGUUAAAGUUGUGUAUUCACCCGAAAUGUGUAAAAAGGUAGGUGAAAACUCGGGAAUCGUAUUGAUGUGCGUUAAGUGCCAUUCUUACCAUGUACUUAAUCUGUGCAAUGAUUAUAUUACAGUCAACAGGUCCAUUAAUCUAGAUGAUAGUAGAGUUGAAAAUGCUAAGAGAAGGAGAAAGGAGGAUUUUGAAUUGAGUAGAACAUGCCAAGAAUGUGGAUCAAGAAUUAAAAUUGGAGGUCCAAUUUAUACAGGGCCAUUACAUAAUCUUAAUUUUGUACAAUCAACACUUAAUACAUUACAUAACAUCAACUCUAAUAUUACUAAUACUACUGGUAAUGGUACUAUUGAUGGUACUAAAAAUACUAAGGCUACUAAGGAUACUAAUAAUAUCGAAAGUAAUGAUGGUGCUGAGAAUGGUAUAACAAUGUAUAAAAGAUUAAGAGGAUUAUUAACAACAAUUAAUGAGGAAGUUGAUGUGCCGCUUUAUUACUCUAUUUCUGAUUUAUGCCAAAUUUGGUCUUUAACUACAAUUAGUCCAAUAUUAUUCAAGGAAGUAUUGAGAAGCUUGGGAUAUAAGGUGUCGAAUUUUCAUAGGGAUCCCAACUCAAUAAAGACAAAUGCACCAAACCAAGUAGUCAUGGAUAUAAUAAGAACACACGCUAAAAAUACUGGUAAAACAACCAAUCAUGCUUUUUUCAAUAAACCAAUACAAACAAUUGGGAUAGAUUUGGAUAAGAAAGUGGAGAAGACGAAAGAUGUACCGAGGUGGUUUCCAAACCCAACUAGUCAUUGGGGACCUAAAAAAAUGCAUAAAACUACGUCGACAUCACUAAAAUAA